AGAUUCUACAGGUCUCACCUCAACGGGGAGUUUGUUCCACCACCGUGGAGCCAGAACAGACAGUAGUCGUGAGUCAGUCUGAGCCUUAGCACUACAAGAAGACCUCAGGUGGUAAGCUCACCUCUUUUGUGAGAACUUGGAGGCAGUGAGAGCAAGAGCGAGAGGAAGAGGAAGAGGAAGAAGAAAGGGUAGAUGUUGAGGAAGAGGAAGAGGAAAAGAGAGACAGAGGAGGACAAGAACAAGAACAAAGAAGGGGACCAGGCAAUAGACGGAGACAUAUUUCUGAGGAGAUUGGGGCCACUUUGGUGGACCAUGUCAUAAAUCAUGUCCUGAUGAUGAGAGAGCCUGGGCAGAGAGUCCAGCCCAACCUGAGCCACUAGCAUCCAUAAUACAGACAUUUAGACUGGAGAACAGAACUGCCAGACGACCUCCUGGUCCCCCCAUUCAGGGGGUGGGUUGUCUGCGGGGGCACCUGCCUUGCCUGCAGCUUGUAGCUUCGUAGCAAAAUGCCAUUUGGAACAAGGACUGUUCGGUUUUGAUUGCAAACUUUCAUUUUGACAUAGAAGUGAGAUGUUCAUCUCCAAGUGUUGUGUUUUAUUUGGCUUAUGUGUACAGUUUCGACGCAAUGACCCAACUUCCGCAACAAGUGUGUAAGAAAUUGCAAAAAACUGUAAUAGCCCACGUAAUGAAAAUGAGAAUAAUUGCAGGUUUAUUUUUACUUCAGUGAGUGCUGAUUUCCGGAGCCUUAUCACCCAACAAUCUGCCUGAUUGAACAGCCAAUCAAAUCUGCCCCUGACAUGUGACCUCCUAUUGUUCAGUGAAUCACUGAAAGUUAUCACCUGAAGACCUCCUUCUCUGUGCAGUUUGAGUUUUAUAGUGCAGGGUCUCGAGGAGAGACGUGUUUAAAAGAGAGAAGAGUUCAAAUGCAGUGAUGGCACCAUUCUAUGCUAUUCUCGUGUUUUUCGGCGAAGUGUAUGGAGAACACAUCAUGAAGAAGGAUGUAGAUCAGCCAAAUGCACUGGUGACAGUUCAGCAUGGAGACAGUGUGACUCUACGAUGUUUCCACUCUCAGGAAUUUAUCAGCGGUGUCAGCUGGUUUAAGCAACGCCUUGGACAGAAGCCUCAGAUUGUAGCCAUAUCAUUGAACCCUCAAUCAAAGGCUAUAUUUUUGAGUGAGUUUGUAAACAUCACACGUUUCAGUGCUCACACAACAGAGGGGAUCUUUAACCUGGUUAUCUCACAAGUAGAGCCAUCUGAUUCAGCAACAUACUACUGUGCUAUUACACAGUACAAUGAUGUCACCUUUGGAAAUGGAACUACUUUAUUGUUGACAGGGCCAGAGUCCCAGAGCAGGACAGUAGUACUCCAGCAGCCCGAGUCAGUGCAGCCAGGAGACUCUGAGACUCUGCAGUGUACAGUGCACUCUGAGACCUGUGCAGGAGAAUACAGUGUGUACUGGUUCAGACAGGCCUCAGGAGAGUCCCCUCCAGGAAUCAUUCACACCCAUGGACACAGGAGUGAUGAGUGCCAGAGGAGCUCUGGGACUGUGUCUCCCACACAGAGCUGUGUCUACAACUUCCCCAAGAGGAACCUCAGCCUCUCUGAUGCUGGGACUUACUACUGUGCUGUGGCCACCUGUGGGGAGAUCCUGUUUGGGAACGGGACCAAACUGGAUGUUGAGGAGGGAAAGGUCCCUUUCUUUAUUGUCAUCAUCGCUUCUGUGGUGUUGGCAUUGAGCCUGAUUGUGAAUGUCGUUCUUCUCUGCACUCGGAGGAAGAGAGAAGUUUGCGAGCACUGUACAGGUAACCCUCUGCCUAAAAGCCAGCAUGACACCACCCACGAUUCAAGAGAACAGUGCCCUAGUGAAGACGUCCUGAACUAUGCUGCUCUGAGCUUCUCUAAUAAGAAUGCAAAAUCCAGGCCCAAGAGGAGAGACCCGAGGCAAGAGCCCAUCUAUUCUGGUGUGAGGAAUCACGACUGGAGCUGAAGGCUUUUCCGGAAGCAUCAACAAGCCUGGAAGAAACAUUUUUAUAACUGGAGUGAAUGCAUAUUGGAGUCUGGCAGCAGCAUCCUUGUAUGUCACUGUUGUAUCUGAAAGGCUUUUUUUUUCAUUCACGUAUGCUGAAUAUUUACUGAUGCAAAUUAAGUUGUGUGUUUUAUAUUCUACAUACAUGCAGGAAAAGUUAUAUUUGUAAGUCGUAUUUGCAUUUUUGUGACUAAACUUAUUUUGCUUUAGGAUGUAAGUACUCAUUUAGCAAUGCUUUCUAAUUUAAAACAUGGCAUGGAAUACAGCAACUUUGAAUG